GAGAGACAAACGCAGAUAAACAGGCUCCGCGGGGACCUGGCACCAGAGCCCAGACAUGCUUCUGCUGCUGUUGGCCCUGCUCUGGAGGAGGGAGGGGGCCGAGGGCCAGGGGGGACCCGGAAUGGGGCCACAGGGGGAUUACUGGCUGCAAGUGCAGGGUGCAGAGGUGCAGGAGGGCCUGUGUGUGCGAGUGCCUUGCAAAUGCUCCUAUCCCGAGGAAGGCUGGUCUCCCUCUGACACAGCUUUCGGCUACUGGUUCCGGAAAGGGGCCAGUGUUCAGCUGGUGGCCACAAACAACCCGGGUCAAAAAGUGCGGCCGGAGGCCCAGGGCCGAUUCCGCCUCCUUGGAAACCCCCGGGACUGUGACUGUUCCCUGGACAUCAGAGAUGCACGGAGAAGUGACUCAGGGACAUACUUCUUUCGGGUGGAGAGAGGGCCUAUUGUGAGAUAUAGUUACACACAGAACCUGCUCUCCGUGCGUGUGACAGCCCUGACCGACACACCUGACAUCCUCAUCUCGGGGACCCUGGAGUCUGGACGCCCCAGCAACCUGACCUGCUCUGUGCCCUGGGACUGUAAAUGGGGCAUACCCCCCAUUUUCUCCUGGAUGUCAGCUGCCCUCACCUUCCAGGGCCCCAGGACCCACCGCUUCUCUGUGCUCACCCUCACCCCACGGCCCCAGGACCACGGCACCAGCCUCACCUGUCAGGUGACCUUGCCUAGGGCCGGAGUGACCACGAUGAGGACGAUCCACCUCAACGUGACCUACUCUCCGCAGAACUUGACAGUCACUGUCUUCCGAGAAAACAACACAGCACCCACAGCUCUGGAGAAUGGCUCUUCUCUCUCAGUCCUGGAGGGCCAGGCCCUGCACCUGGUCUGUGUCGUCAACAGCAACCCGCCUGCCAGGCUGAGCUGGGCGCGGGGACGCCUGACCCUGUGCAGCCCGACCCCGGGGGUGCUGGAGCUGCCUGGGGUACGGGAGGCAGAUGAAGGGGAAUAUGCCUGCCGAGCUCAGAACGCGCUGGGCUCCCAGCACGUCUUCCUGAGCCUCUUGCUGCAGAGAGCAUGGCCUUUAUCAGAAGGGAUGCUGGGGGCCGUCUUGGGAGCCAGUGCGAUGGCUUUGAUCUUCCUGGUUCUCUGCAUUGUCGUCCUCCUAGUGAGGUCCCACAGGAAGAAGGCCACAAAACCAGCAGCGGGCGCCGGGAAUACGGGCAUGGAGAGCGCAAACGCUGUCACGAGGUCUGGGUCUCAGGGUCCCCUGAUUGAGUCCUGGGCAAGCAACCUUCCCCCAGAUGCAGCCAUGCGCCCCUCAGGGGCGCGAGAAGAGCUCCAUUAUGCGACCCUGCACUUUGGUGAGAAGGAGCCGUGGGGCCGGCAGGAACAGGUGGCCACUGGCGUCGAGUACUCAGAGAUCAGGAUUCACAAAUGAGAGGUUGCUGAGACCCAGCCCCGGCGUGAGGGAUCUGGCCCCUGAGCAGCAAAGAAAAAGUCAGGGGCUGGUAGAAUUAGAAGCCCUCAGGGGAUGAGCUGUGAAUAUGGCAGAAAGAACACAAGCUUUGGAACCAGAGAAUUUCAAGUGCAAAGCCAUACGCUGCGCCUUCACUAAGUAGCCAAUCCCUUCCUUGCUGUGCCUCAGUUUCCCCCUCUGUGAAACAGGGAUGAGAAGCCUAGCUGUAGGGUCAUGGUGAGAAAUGUGUAUAGAAAUGUAAGGGACCUAGACGAGCAGAACAAGCUGGUGAGGGAAGCACACAGUUGGUGAAAACAGACUUGACUGUAAAGUCAGAGCCAUCAGGACCCUGUGGUGUAGAACAGAAUGGAGUCCGUAAACCGAGUGUGUAGUCAGUUGAGUGGCACCAAGUCUAUCCAGAUGGGAGAGGAGGGACUUUUAAAUAAAUAAUUGAUAGAACAAGUAGGUGAAGGUUUGUAAACAAUGAAACUUGACCCCUUUUUCACCUCACAUGCAAAAAAUUAGUUUGAGAUGAAUCAUCAACCUAAAAGUAAAAGUGAAGACUAUAAAUAUUUUAUGAUUGUGCCUCCCAAUAUGGUAGCCGCCAGGCGCACGGGGCCCCGCAGAGGCACUACAGUUAGUGUGCAGAAAAAGAGAGGAGAGAUCCUAUUAUCAGUUUUCAUAUUGAUUAUCUGUUGGAAUGAUAAUCCUUUGGAUAUACUGGGUUGAAUAGGCUAUUAUUAAAAGUAAUUUCAGCAGUUUCUUUUUUGGUUUUUAUUAUAGUUACUAGAAUUUUGAAAUUACACAUUUGGCUUGUGUUAUAUUUCUUUUGGACAGCUUUGCUCUGGAAGAAAAUAUAGGAGAAUAUAUAUGGAUAUGCAUAGGUUUCUUACAGGACAUCCAAAAUAGUAAGCAUUACGCGUA